AUGCAGUUGUCCACUCUAAUCAUUGCCGGGAUCGUCGGGCAAGCCCUUGCCCACGGUGAUCACGGCAACCGGUCACAGAAACCGGUGGUGGAUGAGAACGCGAGCUGGAUGGUGAAACACAUGGCAGAGGAGCACCACACAGGCUCGUUCGACGCGGCGUCCUUCUUCGCGCUGCACGACUUCAAUGGUGACGGCGUCUGGGAGGCGGACGAGAUCCAGCGGACGUACGGCUUGAUGGACGACUCCAACAAACACGUGUCACAAGAGGGGCGCGACCGCGUUUCGCGGGAGAUCUUGAACCUAAUUGAUCGCAACGGUGACGGUCUCAUCAGCCGCGAAGAGUUCGUGCGCUUUAUUGAUGUCGAGGGCAAGACCCUUCCCGAUAUGGGUACCGGCCCCGGCCAUCACGGCGAUGAUGAGUACGAGUAUGAGAUUCACCAUUGGGAGAAGUACCACGACGAGAACACCAAGUUGGAGGACCUGACACACCCAGAGGACAUCGAGCACUUCAAGAAGCAUGAGGCCAUGGAGGCCGCUCAGGAACGUGCCGAGCAGCUCGACCGACAGCCCAUAGUUGAGGCCAACAUCCCAGCCAAGUUCAGGAGGCAAGGGUGA